AAUUCAGGUGUGUUCGUUAACUGUCAGUGUCAUUGGGUUUCGAUAUAUUGUUUUUUUUUUACCUUUAAAACGUGACAAUAAAAAAUAAUGUCGGAAAGAGAUUAUGCGCCACUCAGUGCUGCUUGUGUACGUUCUCUUAAUGAUAAACUUUACGAGAAACGAAAAGCAGCUGCUUUGGAAAUAGAAAAAAUGGUAAAAGAGUUUGCCGCACAUAAUAAUACCGUUCAAAUUAAACGGCUUUUAAGAGUACUGGGUCAAGAUCUGGCCACUUCGCAAAAUCCACACACAAGAAAGGGUGGUUUGAUAGGCUUGGCAGCAAUAGCGCUUGGUCUGGGAAAAGACACUGGUCAAUAUAUAGAAGAUUUAAUUCACCCUAUUCUAGCAUGUUUCAGUGAUUCUGACUUACAUGUAAGAUAUUAUGCCUGUGAAAGUUUGUAUAAUGUGGUCAAAGUGGCGAGGGGUGCUGUAUUGCCACAAUUUACAGAUAUUUUUGCAGCACUCAGUAAAUUAGCAUGCGAUUCAGAGCAAAGUGUAAAAAAUGCUACCGAAUUACUCGACAGACUCAUGAAGGAUAUUGUAACAGAGAGUGGCCUGUUCAAUUUAGUUGGAUUUAUGCCAUUAUUACGAGAUCGUAUUUAUACCAAAAAUUCAUUUGGUAAACAAUUUGUAAUUGCUUGGGUGUCUGUCUUAGAUGCUGUUCCUAGCAUGGAUUUUAUCAUAUUUUUACCUGAAAUUCUUGACGGUUUAUUUAGAAUAUUAGAAGAUCCAACACCAGAAAUAAAAAAAGUUACAGACACAGUUCUUGGUGAAUUUUUACGCAGUAUAAAGGCUAAUCCUGGAAGGGUUGACUUCCCUGGAAUGAUAAAUAUCUUAAUUGCGCAUGCACAAAGUACAGACGAAUUAUUACAAUUAACAGCAAUUACAUGGAUCAAGGAAUUUGUGCAGUUAUCAGGGCCCCUUAUGCUUCCUUAUAUGUCUGGUAUUCUUAUAGCAGUUUUACCUUGUUUAGCAUACGAUGGAGAUACUAGGAAAUCUAUUAAAGAAACUGCAACACAAGUAAACAUAAACUUAAUGAAAUUGGUAACAAUGGAAAAUACGCAACUUGUAAAUAAUGCCUCCGAAAAUACAGAGAGUGUAGAUUUAUCUAGCGUUGUUGAAGUGCUGACUAAACAUUUAAUGUACAUGUCGGUACAAACAAAAGUUGCUGUUCUAAAAUGGAUUCACCAUCUAUUCACAAACAUACCGCACAAAAUGUUUAACCAUAUCGAAAAUUUAUUUCCGAUUCUGAUGAAGUCUUUAAGCGAUAAUUCCGACGAAGUUGUUCAACAAACGUUAGUCGUAAUGGCUGAAAUAAUUAGUUCGAAAUCUCCCGAAGCAGCUACCACAGACUCGAAUGCAAAGAUUCAAAACAAGUACUUCACAAAAUUUAUUGUGAAUUUAUUAAGACUUUUUUCAACCGACAGACACUUGUUAGAGGAAAGAGGAGCUUUUAUUAUUAGAGAAUUAUGCGUGUUAUUAAGUGCCGAGGACAUUUAUAAAACGUUAGCAAAAAUAUUGCUAGAGGAACCAAAUUUAAGUUUUGCAUGUACAAUGAUACAAACUUUAAACGUUAUAUUGUUAACAAGUUCAGAACUGUUUGAUUUGCGAAAUAAACUUAAAGACUUAGACUCCCUGGAAAGUUGCGAAUUAUUUAAAUGUUUAUACAUCUCCUGGUGUCAUAAUCCUGUUGCAACUGUAGCAUUAUGCCUUUUGUCGCAACAUUAUGGCCAUGCUUGUAAUAUUAUUAAAUCAUUCGAAAAUAUAGAAGUUACCGUAGAGUUUCUUACAGAAAUAGACAAAUUGGUACAGUUGAUUGAGUCUCCAAUAUUUACCUAUUUACGAUUACAACUGCUCGAAAGAGAAGAAAAUGAUGCCUUAGUGUAUGCCCUUUAUGGUCUUCUCAUGAUUCUUCCUCAAAGUGAAGCAUAUGCAACUUUACAAAAACGUUUAGCGGCAAUUCCUCCAACAACAAACUCGAUAUCAAAACCUGCAUCAAGUCUGAAACCGUAUUUCAAGGACGCAUUUAAUUUCCCCGAAUUGUUAAAACAUUUUCACAUUAUUCAAGAACAACAUAAGGAGCAGAAACGUAAACAAAGAUUAACAAAUUUGAUAGAGAAAAAUACAAAUCACACAGAUAUGUAAAUAAUCAUUUUUAUAAAUAAUAAUUUAUA